GAGGAGUCGAUGCGCCGCGAGCGGUGGUCUACCACGGCGACGGCGGAGGCGGCGAGAGGCGAAGCCGCCCGCGGUAUGGCCGGCGAUGGAGGGGGAGAGCUGAGAGCACACCGCCGGCCGAAGGCCCGAUCUCCUUCCGCUCAUAUAAUCUCCAUCCUAAAGACCUUCCCAUCUUAUUUACGGCGAUCGGGGUUUGCUGAAGGACGGCGUUCUCCCCCGGCUCGGAAUGGCGAGGCGAAACCGUCCCAUACUGUUCCUACCUGUAUGCAGAAAAAUGAGACAAUGUUCAUGGAAGGAGUUAACGACCGGGAAGAUAGUUCGAGAUUUUUAGUCAUCCACUGCAUAUGUUAGACUAAUAUGAUGGUCUGCAAGGCCGUACACUUGCGCGUCUGAAUUUUCAUUUUUCAGCAUAUGUCAGACUAGACUAUCCCAAGAUUUCUCCGUUUGUUGUUAGUUUGUUGCCACUUGCGAAUAAAAAACAUUGCUCUAUGAAAAUGCAUGGCCUUCUCUUUUCUCCUGUCCUAAGCAACGGUAGGAGGUGGCAUGGGCAGAUGGUGACAUCCUAAGAUAGUUUAUUCGUGAUCUCGUCAACAAAUACAGAACUUUCAAGAACUUGGAAUGGUUGAAGAGGUCAAGCAAAGGAUAAUAAUAUCUAAUACAUCAUGUUCCAUUGUCAUGUAGAUCUAACAGUUAUUAACUGUCAUGCUACCAAUCUUGUUGACUAUUUGUUUUGUUUAAUAAGAAUGGAACAAUGGCAAUUUAUUGUCUUGCAAAACCAUGAAAUUUCCAUGUUGACAUGCAUUCCUCUAUGCAAAGCAUAAAAGCUCAAUUCUCUUGGCCAUACUUCCAUCUUCCUUAUUUGCAUCAUGCAUUUCUGUGUGUUUGGAUGCCUGAAGAAAUUCGUCAUAAAGCAAAUAGGCACAAGGAGAAUACAAGGACCACAGCUGAUCACGAGAGAAGCUGGACCACCUGCAGAUGAAGUUAUAUUCAGAAGUGAUGCAGUGAAAUCUGCAGUUCUAAGCUCACCACUAGUUGAGUUUAGCACAAUUUGUUCAGCAACGAACAAUUUCAGCAACAAGCUUGGUGGAGGUGGAUUUGGUCCAGUUUACAAGGGAGUACUACCAAAUGGCCAAGAGAUUGCUAUCAAGAGGCUGUCGAACAGCUCCAGUCAGGGACUGGAAGAGUUCAAGAACGAGGUGAUAGUUCUAUCGAAACUGCAACACCGGAACUUGGUUAGGCUCUUUGGUUGUUGUGUACAUGGAGAAGAAAAGAUGUUGCUAUAUGAGUACAUGCCCAACAAGAGCCUUGACUCAUUUGUUUUUGAUGAGAGCAAGAGGCUAGUUUUCGGAUGGAAACUGCGAUACAAGAUUAUUCAGGGAACUGGGAGAGGAUUAUUGUACCUUCAUCAGGAUUCCAGGCUAAAAAUUAUUCAUAGGGAUCUCAAAGCAAGCAAUAUUCUGCUUGAUGAUGAUUUCAAUCCCAAGAUAUCUGACUUUGGUAUGGCUAGAAUAUUUGGUGAAUACCAACUUCAAGCCCUAACCCACCGAAUUGUUGGAACCUAUGGCUACAUCUCUCCAGAGUAUGCAAUGGAAGGUAAAUUCUCUGAGAAAUCCGACGUCUUCAGCUUCGGUGUGUUGAUCCUAGAGAUUGUGAGUGGACGGAGGAACAGCUCAUUUGUUGAUGAAGAAUGGUCAAUGAACCUGUUGGGUUACGCAUGGACUCUGUGGAAGGAAGGCAGCGUCACGGAGCUGAUUGAUCCGCUUAUGGGCACCAUAUGCUCUUACGAUGAAGUCUGCAGAUGCAUCCAGGUGGGUCUUCUGUGCGUGCAGGAGUUACCAGCCGAUAGACCGAACAUGUCCCUGGUGCUCAGGAUGCUCAGUGGUGAUGUUACACUUCCUGCUCCGAAGCAAGCUGCAUUUUUCGUUGGAAGGGUUCCUCUGGAUGACAACAAUACUGGAUCGGUGAAUCAGUUGACAUAUACUCAAUUGCAAGGCAGAUAGCUCCUCGGAAGUGCCUGUGGAUCUCUGAUUCAAAACUUGCCAAAGUUUCAGACUAUGGAGGCAUACAAGCUAGUACUGUAUAUGUUGGAUUGUCACUCAUUCCCCUGCUUGUUACUAGUAAUACAAAUAAUUUCUAUGCUGCAGCAGCUAUUUUUGUAUAGGUUUGUUUGUAAUAUGUGAACUCUAAGCGUAUUUGGGAAUUGGAAAUGCUGUUUGCUGAUAGAGAAAUUUUACCUGGGGUAGGCAACACAAGGGAACUCAUCAUGAGAUGCACGGGAGAGUUUUUCCUUGUGUUAACCCAUUAGAAAAUGUGCUUCUUCAUUUUUUUUUUUCUGGCGACAGAAUGAAUAUAAAGCUCAGCU